GGCAAAUGGAAGUGGCAUAUAUUAUACCGGUACUUUUUCUCAACAACUCGUUGGGGACUCAACUGCUCCCCAUCACGAUAGAAAGUACUGACUUCAGAAUAGCAAUGGAAAGAGCUGAAGACCAAACUGCUCAAGGAUUGCUCUCCAAAUGGUACAUGCUAGACAGCGAUUCGCAACCACCAUGUUACCGACUGAGACCUAUCUCCUGCCAUAUUCCAGGUUUUAAAGAAACCUCUCUGGAAGAUCGAGAAAAGGCUUUUGCGGAGUGGGCCACAGAAAUAGAUAAGAUGUUGGCAGUACUCAUAACGGUAUUUUCGCCAGAGCUGAGAGAUACUUAUUUGACUACAGUCGUUGAACAGGAAGUCCACAAUACAGUUUUCAUGAGUCAAGAAUUGGCAAAGAGAUGCGUGUGGUUGAACAGAGUCUAUACACCAACGGCAAAAACUCCGGAUAACAUGACACCUGGAGAAGCUGAAGCCCACAGGAGACUGAACGUUUUACAAAAGGAUCUGAAGAAUCAAUUGACUGAGAAACAUAUGAUCCGGAUACCAGUGAAGUACGUAGAUGGUGGUUUGAACCAGGAAAUUCCAGAACACGAGGACUAUAUUGCAACGGUGACUCAUCAUCUGAAGAAACAUCUCAGUGAGAUGAUCAGCACAAUCGUAGACGAACAUCAGAGUAAGUCGCUGCUGAAACCGAGCUACGGGAUAGAAGCUUCUUUGUUCGAGGAGUUGAACCAGCAGACCAAUUUUUGCCAGAAAGCCGCACAAUGUAACAUCAACAGGGAAGAGACGAUUGAAGAUAUUAAAUCGUAUCUUACAGGAGACAGUACGUCACCACUGGUUCUGUACGGUCCAAGUGGAUGCGGAAAAACGACUUUGCUCGCAAGGAUUGCUCAAUGCUGCCAACAGUGGUUGCCAGAAGCCUUUUCAAUUGUACGAUUUGUUGGGAUUAGCGCUCAAUCGAGUACUGUUGAACAACUUCUGAGUUCCAUCACAAAUCAGUGUUCAAUAUUGAAUUAUGGCCAUAAAUGCUAUUGUACACAUUAUCAUGGGCUCCGGCAUGUUUAGCCUGGUCGAGACUCAACAAACAUCUAGCUCCUUUCAUUCAGUGGACUCUGACUGGUGGCGUUUUAGGCAUCCAGUGGAAGGACAACAUGUUGAGACAAGUAGUAUCGGUUCGAUAUAAGGAGCAUAGGAAAUGGGCGAAUCAAAUGCUAUUUGAUUAUUACAACGGGCGAUGGUGGAGUCACAAGCCUACUAAUGUCCAAGCUCGACUAGUGAAACAAGAAAAUAUUUUGGGAAAAUGCUACAAUCGAAGAAAACUGGACGAGCUUCCCUACCACCAUUUCCAACUCCACUCAAACCUAGAGGACUCAAUAUACCUCUCGGAUAUCUCGUGGAUAUACGACAAAGUAUGUGGCUCCAACUGCUACCAGAUCCUAGAAGACAUCGAGCUCCAGGCAGGAACCGGCAACCGCUUCACCGAAAUUCUAAAAGACUUCAUAGAAACGCACGCGAGUGUCCUGAACUACGACGGCAGGCAGUUCUACUCGCAUCUGCAUGAAUAUCUGAGCGAUAAAAUUAGCAAGAAUGAACUCAGUGUAGAAAAUAAUGAUUCGCAAAUUUCCCGUAUGUACAGUGUAGCGAAAAACCCUCCAGUGUUGUCGUUGAUUCCUAUUAAGAGUGUGGUUGUUGAAAAUCGGGAGCAACUGAAAAAAAAGAAUUGUGAGGACAAAAACAUCGAUAUCGUUGUGCGUCUGCCGAAAACCGAUCAGUUCAUUGUUACGGUUUCUACAGCUAAAAAUGAACUCUGUGUUUGGGAUAUCAUCAAUUGCCGGCCAAUAAGGAUACUCCAGGGAGUCACGAAUCCAAUUAAUCUAAUCCCUAUAGAUGAGUUCAAAUGUAUAGUACUAUGUAGGAGAGAGUUAAGGACAUUCGAUUUGAAUACCGGUAGUUUUUUAACGAAGCUGAAGGGGGUCAUGAACCAAAAAAUGCCCUUCUAUGGACUACACGACCAAACCCAUCUAGUGGCACUUAGUAGGAACCGAAUGUACAUAAAUCUUAUGAAUUUAGAAACAGGUGAUUGCGUCACCACAUUCAAAGCCGGUGAAGACCGCUUUCUCAAUUCCCUGCUGGUUUCGGGGGACGGAAGAGUUCUUGUAUGUGGCGACGAAACCCAAAAACCUUUUCCGUUACUGGUGUGGAACCUCAAGUCCAGAAAGUUACUGUAUGAUCUUAGAAUUCCUCAUCAUCACUUCAUCACCUCGCUAGCAGCAAUCACAUAUGAAGGUAACUAUGUUUGCUGUGUUUGUUACGAGAUUGCAGAACCCAAUCCGAAUUUCAUCGUUGUAUACGAUUUACAAAGCGGCACGCUAUUCAAGAAAUGGAAGCCAUCUUGUAACACGGUCUCCUUAGAAAUAAGCUCGCAAGGAGGUUGUGUAAUAUCAGGACUUGAAGAUGCGAGAAUUCUUGUUUGGGAUCUUAUAACUGGUAAGUUUUACAUGUAGAUCACUGUGUAUUUGGAAGAGGUUUUUGUUAUGUUGAUGUCUAG